AUGGGAGGGAGAGAAUUAAUUCCCUUGCAUGUCAACAACAAGAAGCAGAAGCAGAAGCAGAAGAAGAAGCAGAACAACAAGAACAACAACAACAAUAACAAUGACAAUUGGAGACAAGUUGGAACCACGAAACCAGGAACAGGAACCGGCGAUUACCAAAAAUACCCACCCGAAUACCGGCCACUGAUUGAUUGCUUGAUCGGGGAGCAACGCGGGGUUGUUUCUGGCCGGGCGUCUGGUAUUGCUUAUUGUGGAAGCUGCACUAAGUACGGAACUGCCCUGAUGUAA